UGUAGAUUACUGUUCCAGGUGGCUGUUGGUGCUGGCUGGUGGGACCUGCUACUCCCUCCUGCAUGUGUGAGCCGAGUUGAGAGGCUACACCGCAGAGAAGAGGCACAAGACACACACAAAUACGCACGCACAAACAAACACACGCAUGGAACGGCUUACUACACCCCUACAUCACGUCUCGAGCUACACUGGGGCUUGAGGGCUGGCGCCUCCUGCUGCCCAACAAAUUAAGCAGUCAGUGUGUCGCGUCUAUGGGUGGUGUUAGUACGCGUCUGUUUCAACUUCCAGCCUGACAGAAUUUUUUUUUUUUUUUUUUUUUUUUUUUUUGUCUGUGUGUAACCACGCCUACACAGUGGCUGCCAAGGCUUACCCAUAAGUUAAACCUUCUUUAGUUGGUAAUUAGGAAGGCGUGGGCUCUAGCAGUGGACACCCGAAGGCAGCAGUGGGUGAAAACAAGCAAAAUAAAGAAAAGUUUGGCUGUGAGAAGGUGCUAGACAGCCAGCCAUAGUGACGAGGAGACAGGAAGGUAGACCACCACCACCACCACCACCAUCACCACCAACACCACCACAGGGAAGUGUGACGAUGGCGCAGGAAUUCAAUGUAGUACGCUGUUAUUCCUGCAGUGUGUUCCAGUCCCACCAAGUUCGCAAGGAUAAGAAGUUUGUGUGCAAGAUGUGUGGAGAAAAGCAGUCUGUGAGGAAGGAGUAUGGCAGGGGCUCGGGGAAGGACUGUCGCGUGCAUGUGCAGAAGCUGAACACCCUGAGGAGGAGCCUGGAGGAGGGGCAGGAGGCUGAGCUAGAGGCACAGCUGCAGGAGGGCUGUGAGAUGGUGCUGGAAGGGCCGGCGGAGGGCCACGUACCACCACACACGGCAGGGGAGGGAGUCACUGAGGGAGGGCACGGAGGAACUGUAGGGAGUGUUGGGGAUGCCAGGAUCAGCAAGUGGGCCAAGUACCUCAGCUCAGACUCCGAGGAAGAGGAGGAGGAGGAGGAAUACAGGCACACUAGGGUACCAGCAGCAGCCAGGGGGUAUUACUGAAUAUAUACUCCCCUCCCCCCUUCCACUGUGGCCAAAAGAUCAGAGUAACCUAGAGUAGAUCUUAUAAAAGGGCUGUCCAUGUUUCUCUGUCGCUGUAGCCUGUCUCCUCUUACCAGGCAGAAGUUGUUAGGGCUUUCAAGGGUGUUUUCUUGAUUCCAGUGUCGGUUAAAAGGAUUCUGCAGAAGUUAUUGGGGUUUUCAAGGGUGUUUUCAUGAUUCCAGUGUCGGUUAAAAGGAUUCUGCAGAAGUUAUUGGGGUUUUCAAGGUUGUUUUCAUGAUUCCAGUGUCGGUUAAAAGGAUUCUGCAGGAGUUAUUGGGGUUUUCAAGGGUGUUUUCAUGAUUCCAGUGGUGGUUAAAAAGAUUCUGCAGAAGUUAUUGGGGUUUUCAAGGGUGUUUUCAUGAUUCCAGUGUCACUUAAAAGGAUUCUGCAGAAGUUAUUAGGGUUUUCAAGGGUGUUUUCAUGAUUCCAGUGUCGGUUAAAAGGAUUCUGCAGGAAUUAAUGUGGUUUUCAAGGGUGUUUUCAUGAUUCCAGUGUCACUUAAAAGGAUUCUGUAGAAGUUAUUAGGGUUUUCAAGGGUGUUUUCAUGAUUCCAGUGGUUAAAUGAGGAUUCUGCAGAAGUUAUUAGGGUUUUCAAGGGUGUUUUCUUGAUUCCAGUGUCACUUAAAAGGAUUUUGCAGGAAUUAUUGGGAUUUUCAAGGGUGUUUUCAUGAUUCCAGUGGUUAAAUGAGGAUUCUGCAGAAGUUGUUAGGACUUUCAAGGGUGUGUUUGUGAUGGCAGUGGUGGAUGUGAUACCGCUGCAUCUUGUGACAGGCAAUAGAGAGAAUAAUUUUUGUUCUCAAGGAUGCUUUUGUGAAUUCUGUGAGUCUAAGAAAGAUGGUGUGCUCUUAACAGGUGCUGCUGCUGUAAAUCAUUAAGGCAAUUCAAGGUUGCUGUCUUUCAAGGGUAUGUUAAUAAUCUAGUAAGAAUUCUGCUAUUUUGACAUGUUUUUCUUCAGAUAGCCAAUGAAAUAAAAACAUUCUAUUUU